AUGUUAGACAUUAACUUAUUUUUAGAAGAAAAAGGAGGUAACCCAGAUUUAAUCAGGGAAUCUCAAAAAGCUAGAUUUGCUUCUGUUGAAUUAGUCGACGAAAUCAUUGCUGAUUAUAAAGAAUGGGUCAAAACUAAAUUUCAACUAGAUGAACUUAACAAAAAAAUUAAUAAAGUCCAAAAGGAAAUCGGGUUAAAAUUUAAAAAGAAAGAAGAUGCUUCUGCACUUUUAGCUGAAAAAGAUACAUUAAAUGAAGAAAAGAAAAGGUUGUCUGAACAAGAACAAAAAGAAGAUGAAGAUUUGAAAAAAAAAAUUUUUUUGGUGGGUAACAUUGUCCACCCAAGUGUUCCUGUUUCAAACGAUGAAGAAAAAGAUAAUGCCUUAAUUCGUACUUGGAAACCAGCUGCUUUGGAAAAAAUUGAACGUGUUGCCUCUGCAACUAGGUUUCCUGCCAAAUUAUCACACCAUGAAAUUUUAUUGAGAUUAGAUGGCUAUGACCCAGAACGUGGUGUUAAAAUCUCUGGCCAUAGAGGUUAUUUCUUGAGGAAUUACGGUGUAUUUUUGAACCAGGCUUUAAUUAACUAUGGUUUGAGUUUCUUAACCUCUAAAGGCUACUGCCCAAUUCAAGCUCCAGUUAUGAUGAACAAAGAUGUUAUGGCCAAGACAGUCCAAUUGAGUCAAUUUGAUGAAGAAUUAUACAAAGUUGUUGAUGGUGACGAUGAAAAAUAUUUGAUUGCUACAUCUGAACAACCAAUCAGUGCUUAUCACUCUAAUGAAUGGUUUGAAAAACCCCAAGAACAAUUGCCAAUCAGAUAUGCUGGUUUCUCUUCAUGUUUUAGAAGAGAAGCUGGUGCUCAUGGUAAAGAUGCAUGGGGUAUUUUUAGAGUCCAUGCUUUUGAAAAAAUUGAACAAUUUGUUUUAACUGAGCCAGAAAAUUCUUGGCAAGAAUUUGAUAGAAUGAUUGGUAACAGUGAAGAAUUUUAUCAAUCUUUAGGAUUACCAUAUCGUGUUGUUGGUAUAGUUUCCGGUGAAUUAAAUAAUGCCGCUGCUAAAAAGUAUGAUUUGGAAGCUUGGUUCCCAUACCAAGAAGAAUAUAAAGAAUUGGUUUCAUGUUCAAACUGUACCGAUUAUCAAUCAAGAAACUUGGAAAUUAGAUGCGGUAUUAAAAAGAAGGGUGAUAAUGAAAAGAAAUAUGUCCAUUGUUUAAACUCCACUUUGUGUGCCACUGAAAGAGCUUUAUGUUGUGUUUUGGAAAACUAUCAAACUGAAGAAGGUUUGAAAAUUCCAGAAGUGUUAAGAAAGUAUAUUCCUGGCGAACCUGAUUUUAUCCCAUAUGUUAAGGAAUUACCAAAAAAUUCUACUUCCAACAAGAAGAAGGCCACUAAUACUAAUAAGUAA